AAAACAGAGGCAUAGCAUAGCCCAGGCUAGGGUUUGCCAAUUCCUCAGAGAAAUACACGCCGAGAGAGCAUACAAUUACAAAACAAUGGCGGAUGGUUACUGGAAUCGGCAGCGGCCAUAUCCUUCUUCCGGGAUGCUUAAACGGCCUCGUACUGACUACGAGCAGGAGAUGCAUAACUAUUUGGCACGAGAUGAUGAUCGCGGUGGGCCUCAGUCCUUGAAGGACACAAAAACAAUUGAUUCAGCAUAUGAUCGGUACCUCAAGACUGUGCAACUUUCUUCUUUGACAUCUGGAGAAGCCGGUACUUUUGGCAGUUUGGGAAGGGCUGGUGGUGGAAUGCCUGCUUAUCAAGUAACUGAUUCUCCUGUGUUGACUCAUCCUGGUUCCAUUGGUCAAGAUCUGGUACUAAAUGGUCGAAAUGCUGGUUAUAGAGCAAAACUUCCAGCUGAGCCAAUGAUUAGGCCGGCCCGAAAAGCAGCAUCUUUGCCUCCAGAUGCUUCAAAUACCCUAUAUGUUGAGGGAUUUCCUCCUGACUGCACAAGGAGGGAAGUGGCCCGUAUCUUUUUUGCUGCUACAAUGUUUGAGAAAUUAUCUUUAGAUAUCUUCCGCCCCUUUGUAGGAUAUAAAGAAGUAAGACUUGUUACCAAAGAGUCUAAACAUCGUGGUGGAGAUCCAAUUGUUCUUUGUUUUGUUGACUUUGAAAAUCCAGCCUGUGCAGCCACUGCUAUGAGUGCCUUGCAAGGUUAUAAAAUGGAUGACCUUGAUCCUGAUUCAAAUUAUUUGAGGCUGCAGUUUUGUCGGUACCCAGGCCCAAGGUCAAUUCCUGGAAAUCGUGGACGGAGAUGAAUGGUCUAUCAUUGGAGUCACCACGCUGAAUUAAAACCAGUUUUUACAGCACACAUCUUCAUUUAAAAUGCCCACUCAGCGCACACCUCGCUGAGUGGGUAUUUUAACGAAGCAGGUUACUUGAAACUUGCACUUUAAAUUGCUGAGCUCUUGGCUCGCUAUCCGCUUGCUCCACAGAUGCAGAAGGAAAAAAAAAUGAAAAUUAGGAGACACAAGAAAGAAGAUAUGUAGUUAUGCUCGCACCAAUAUUGAUCCUUGAAUUUUUUUUUUUUUUUCUAUGAAUCAAAAUUUCAUUUGUGGGAGUAAAAUGGGUACUCUAUCCCUCCCUUAAAUAUUGAUCCUUGAGUUGCUUCCCUUUUGAUGGAAGCUAUGUUGUAUUAUAAUUGCCAGAUACAGCUUUUGAUUU